UUGAAAUAUGGAAUUUUUAUAGGCCUUUUUUGUUGUGUUUGCACAGGAAUCACAAGAUAUCAGUGCGAGUGCGUCAGGGUCAGGGACCACAAUUAGUUAUUUUGCAGACGUAGUCGAAAAAUAAUAAUUGUGAUGGCCCCAAUCCGAGAGUUUUUGGAGGCAAAUAAGUUGGCCCACUUGUUGGAAAAAUUUGAAGAACAAAAUAUAGAUGAAGAAUUUCUGUUGCCAUUCCUGACCGAAAGUCAGAUUAAUGAGCUAACUAGAGGAAAUAUAGGCGACGUUAUCCGGCUAAAAGUGGGCAUACAAAAAUAUAAUGAGCAUGAUAUUAGAAAUGACACGUUCCUAAACGAGGAUAUUAUUGGGCAGGCUUUAAUGCAAAAAGCAAAAAAAGUGCCUUUAAAUAAUGCCGAUAGGGAUAGGCUGGCCGAAAUCAUUAUCAAGCCCCUAUUAAAUAAAUUCCAAAGACUUGGGAAAGACGACCUAAAAAUUUUAGCGCAAAAAAUAGAGAAGUCGAUUCCAGGCGAGAAAACAAGCACGUACUAUGUGCCUGCUAUUAAUUGGGACUUUGAACAGUUGCAUCCUUCGGGCUGCAACUUUGAUCUAGAAGCUCGCUUUGAUGAAUUUUUCAAUUCAAUCUUAGAGGUGAGGGGUAGUUCCCUAUGUGCAGCCGACAACACCAUUCUGGAUCUGUUGAAAGGGGACCUAACAACAGACUCCAAAACAGCAAUUCAGCUUUAUUUGAUACCAGUACUGGUUCCGCCGAAGGGAAGAAAGCAGUUUGGAAAAAUUCACUGGAAGCCAUCCAUUGCUGAAUCCAGAGAUGGAUUUAUUCAACAUAUAAAAACACCUGGAGACAUGGAAUAUGCAAAAAACAAGCGAGUGGACUUAAUGUGUGCUAGAAGUAUGACUGUGCAACCCUAUAUGUUAUUAAUUGGCCCCAGUCUGGGAAAUAUUCUGGCAAGUUUUGUUGUGAUUAAUAAUAGGGAAUACAAAUGCCAUUCUGUGCUUGACGCAUUGGACUUUUGUUUCAAAUGCUAUCAAAUGUUUGAUGCGAGCAAAUCAGACCCAAAAAUUCCAUACAUAAAUGAUUUAAUUUAA